UAUAAGAUAAGGAAAAUUAUUUCUUCUUCGAUCUCUAGAAUGAUCUUGAAUUAAAAAUAUAUGGUCUAUAAGAUUGUUUAUAGUGUUAUUUCAAAUAUAGAUCUUUAAUACUUUACUAAUCAACAAACUUCACAACUUAAGACAAUAUUUUUUUAUUUAGAAAUUCAUCAACUGUUUGGUUGCUAAUGAUGAUGUUCAUAUAUUAGUAAUAAUUAUAACAACCAUCUCUCAUUUCACUAUCUUAUUUUCUUAUGACUUGAAUAUUGUUUGUUUCGGAAAUGAGCGUACUUCGAUUGAAUGGCGUAGUGUUCACAAUGAUUGUUGAUUGGAUACUGGUGAAUAACAGAGUAGGGAGUCUGCAAGACCCAUGCUAUUUCUACCAAUCGAUAAACGAUACCUCAAUGACAUUGGGGCAUGUACUUAAACCUGCAGAUAGCACUAUCUGUGACGUAAUUAAUCCAGGAUGGACAAGAUUUACCGGGUCUGACGAAGGUCUAAUGGCAACUAGAUGUCCGUCUGGUAGAGAAUGUGGAACUGAUCAACAGGCCUGGAUGCAAGGUUUAAUUCCAAGCUAUUACAACGGAACAACGGAGGUAGAUAUAUGUAUACGGGGUAAUGAUGAUUGCUGUGAUAGACUGAAUAGAUUGCAAGUAAAAAAUUGCAACGGUUAUGUUGUUUAUAACUUAACAACCUUUGUCCGCCAACUACCUCAGCCACCCUUUCCCGCCACAUGA